AUGUGCGCGUUGGAAAUUGAAGUGCAAUUUAUAAGCAACUACGCCAAAAGUGUCAUCAUGUUUGUCAUUCACGUGAUCCUUGACAUGUCCAUCUGCGUGUUUGGCAUCGCGGGCAAUGCCCUAAACAUCACCGUGUUCCGGAAACAGGGGCUGCGCAAUUCUGUCAACCUGAGCCUCUUCGCCAUCUCCAUUUCAGACCUGCUCGGCCUCAUCUUUCAGGUCUGGCAAAACUUUUGCUUGAAUCCUUACCUGGAGCAGGCAGACUUGCCUGUGGACUUUUUCUAUAUCCAAGUGUUGACAGGGGGUAACCCAAACGUGGCCAUGACACGCAUCACCGGCUGGAUCACGAUGUACGUCACGGCUGAGCGAUGUCUCUCGGUACUGACGCCUUUUAAGGUCGGACUUAUCGUCACGUUCGAAAGACGUGUUCUCAUUCUCUUCUUCUGCUACGGCAUCAACCUGGCCUUCUUUUUCCCUUUCUUCGCUAAUUACUACUUGGACCUCAGCUUCAUCCCAGAGCUUAAUAAAACUAAACUAGGUAUGUCCGUCAGGGGGGAUAGCGAGUUUCUGGGUUUUGUGAUUAACGUCGGCCACAUCUACCUGACAAUCAUCUCUUUUGUGGUCGUCAUCAUAAACACGGCCAUACUAGUGGUCACUCUCAAGUGGAAGUCAAAAUGGAGGCAGAGCGCUACGUCCAACCAGAACCAACAGAAAGCGCUGUCCAGUCGUGAGAAGAAAACUGUCAUGCUGGUCAUUAUGAUGGCCACUGUCCUGAUCGCCUGCUACUGUCCAGGAGUCGUGUGCACAUUUUUGGAAAUCUUUUACCCUGCUUUUGGUUUCAAUGAUAAACAGCAGAAUGUGUUUCACGUGACCUGGUCUUUCUGUUUCCUGUUCAACUCUAUCAACGCAAGUAUCAACGUCAUUGUCUACUACAAGAUGAGUUCUAAAUAUAGAACCACGCUAUUUGAAAUAUUCCCACGUUUGAGGGUUUUGGAACGCUAA